AUGGAUUUGAGUUAAAGGAAAAAGGGAAAAAGUGUAAAUAAUAUUAUGGCUUUUGUUUUUAAAAAUUGAAUUGUAUCAAAAGCAUGGCCCUUCAAAGUUCAGUAGAAAAACCAUCAAUAGUACUAACAGAUUACUCAACGAUGAAACCAGUAAGGUUCGUCAAACAGGAAGAACCGGAAAACUUGUGCGAAGAUCUGAUGGAUAAUACGAGUGAAUUGUCUACAGUGGAAGAAAUUCGGUGCUACUUUUGCUACGAAUCGGUUCCGCCAUCGGUCGCCAGUUGCUCUGCGGAUAAAGAUUUCCGGAGCAAAAUCGAGUUUGUCCUCACCGUGUGGCUAGGAAUGCUUCCUUCGGAUCCGUUAACUUGCUGUUCGGAUUGCCGAUUGCAGUUCGAUGCUUUUCAUAGGUUUAAAACGACAUGCUUGACGACGCUGUCUCAUUUAUCGGCGCUAGCUAUUUUCCCAGCUAGAGGAAGAUGCAAUCCACCGGUUGCUGCAGAAAAGCAGGAGGAGAAAAUUGAAAAUCCUAUUGAAGGUCCAGAGGCUCUUGAGGACAGUAGAAAUUCAUUCGAAGCUGAAAAUUCACAAAAUCAAAGAAAGGUCUUGACCCCAGCUGCAGAAAACCAGACAGUAUCCGUCGAAUUGGUUAAGUGUGAAUUUAACAACGAAAGUUCACAGCUUGAAUCUUCAGCUACCGAUUUCGUUAAUUGCGAAUCAAACAACGAAAGCUCACAGAUGGAAUGCUCAACGGAACCUGAACAAUACACUUGUAACAAAUGUGGAAUAGUCUGCCGAUUGGAACACAACUUUAGAAGCCAUCAAGAGAGAUGCAACAGUCAAAGUUUGUUCGAAUGUCACAUGUGUGAGAAAACGUUCACAACAUCACAAAUGUUAAAAUAUCAUUUGAACAUCCAUAAUGGAGAUCGUCCAUUCCGGUGUCGUAAAGUCGAUUGUGAUUGGUCAUUUCACGCGCCGAGCAAUCGUCUACAGCACGAAAGAAUCUGCGGCAAACAGCAAGCGUAUGAGUGUAACAUUUGUGGCCGAAUGUGCAUCACGAGCAGUAACUUGGAAAAACAUAAGGCCAGCUGCCGAGGUUCGGAAGGUUGGCCCUGCGAGAUUUGUUCAAAGAUUUUCCCCACUAAAACUCGUUUGGAGUAUCACAUGAGAAUUCACACAGGAGAAAAACCUAAUUCCUGUCGUAAGGGGUGUGGCGCUAGCUUUCGAACCCCUAGCAAUCAGUACGAACACGAAAAGUCCUGUGGCAAAUCGGCUCAGCUCGUGUGUCAGCUGUGUGGCGUCCAGCGGAAGACGAAGAAAACUCUACAAAAACAUAUGGAGACACACGGGCCGCCCAAAUACCGUUGUAACGUUUGCGACAGAAUGAUGAUGACUAAAAUAACUUGGCACAAACAUCUUUUGAUGCAUAAAAUGGAAAGGAAGAACUCGGCGACUGCAGGAAAAAGUUCCGACGGAGAAGGGAAAUUUAAUAGUGAUAGCUCCAAUAACGCUCAAUGAGUAGAACUUAUUUAACUUUAACGUCUGUAUUCCGAACUUGCACUUUUUCAAACGUGUUAUCCAAUAAAGAAAGACUUUGUUCAAUGUUUUGCGUAUAAAAACACAUGAAUAAGAAAGAUCUUUUGCUUAAAGUUUUUUUGUCAACACAGAAAUCUGAAGAUUGCUCAAUAAGUUUUCAUGAAUUGGAAAUUAUAAAUCUCAAUAGAUUCUUUUUUAUAUGAAAUAAGUUGAUGAAAAUCUCAGAAAAACAGAAAAGAAAGAAAAAAAAAUGUAAUGAAGUAUAGUUUUACCAUAGACAAUCAAGCAUAACAAUAACUUUCCUUAUUUCAAGAGAGCUCUGGUCUCUCAACAUAUGGCAUUCGGAUCAACAAAACUAGACUUAUUCCUUUGUUCAUGGAAUGAUGAGUCUUCUGAUCGUUUUGCGAAAAAGACAAAUAAUUUAACGCAUAAUAGUCUUCUAAGCGGUGAAGCAAAAUACAAUAUAAGUAAAUAAUUUCAGAGAUUACCUGCAUGGAAGAUUGCAUUACGUGUUUCACAUACGUAUCUGGAACUUUCCGGCCUUGGUCACGUACUUGACACCCUUGAAGGGUUUGUACUUUUCACCGUACAUAUCCAGCCGAUUCACCUUGAGUCCGGAUACGGCCAGCUGGGAGAUGG